CGGAAGCGUUUGUCUAAAUGCACUUUUUUAACAAGUCAUGUUUUUAUUCACUGUAAGACGGUGACACAGCAUUUACAGACAUUAUUCAAUUAACCUCUUUUUCGGAUUUCAUUGUCUACAAAAGAGAAACACCUUAAUGGUUAAAUAAUCGGGUUUCCUUGUUUGGAGCAGUUACAUCUCAAAGUACUUCAAGUUUUGUUUUCUCUUCCUCGCUAGUUUUGCCAAGUUUUGGUGUGGUACAAUUCCGUAAAUUGUACAAGGUUAGGAUUAUUUUGAGGAUAUCACUUUGUGUCAUCAUGGAGCAGACUGGCUCUUAUCCCGUGAAACUGUACGUUUAUGACCUGUCCAGAGGCAUGGCUCGUCAACUGAGUCCUGUCAUGUUGGGGAAACAACUAGAUGGGAUAUGGCACACAGCUAUUGUGGUCCACGGAAAAGAGUUCUUCUUUGUUGGAGAGGGCAUCAACAGCUGUUUACCUGGUGGUACCCCACUUGGUGAGCCUGACUCUGUCGUGGACAUGGGCUCUACUGAAGUCUCCGAAGAGAUAUUUAUGGAGUAUCUAACCUCCCUGGCUGAGUCCACAUACGGCCGUGACAAGUACAACUUGUUUGAGCACAACUGCAACUCUUUCAGCAAUGAGGUGGCUCAGUUCCUCACAGGGAAAAAGAUCCCAUCGUACAUCACAGACCUCCCAUCUGAAGUGCUGUCCACGCCGUUUGGCCAGGCUCUCCGUCCCUUUUUGGACUCCAUUGUUAUCAAUCCUGGUGGCAACAACAUAACCGGACAUCGAUAAGCACAGCCACGCACCCAGGAGGAGAAUGUCAGCGGCUGGCUGCUCAACCUAGACUUCCACUAAUGUUUGCAGCUAACCAGUUGAGCCGAGGCCACUUUCCCUAUUUUUGAGUUUCAGGUUCUGUUUCUGGGUAUUGUACUGACAGGUAUGUCAAAAAAGUGCCUCCAGGAGAGUGACUGGGGUGUAGUUUUCUGCUCUGAAGGAUAGAUUAUGUUCACAAAGUUCGGAUUUCUUUCAAAGAACCUACUUAUUUCAUAAGAUGACAUCCAAUGCUAUAGUCAAACUAUAAGAUUCCCGCUGGUGUUAUUGGAAUUAACACCACAGCAGCAUAGUGAGUGGUUUGAUCAGGGCCACGCCUUAUAUGAGAUCUGUCCUGAGUUCCAUAGCGAAUGCAAAUUUGGACACCAAUUGCACUCGGUGACCCCUCGAUCAUGUGUAAACUGGACGCAGCAGUUAACCCGAGAGGUCCUCAUACGGAAGGUUGUGUGUCCUUAAAAUAUUUCCAUCCCUUCUGAAGCUGCUUCUCCAUAGCAGCUCAAUUAAAAAUUCCAAGAUUUGACCUGCUGUUAGCUAAGAUGCGAAAAGACAGCGAUCAAAUGCAUAAAAUGCAUAGAUAUUAAAUUCAAUUUAUCAGAUUUUUUUAUGAAAACGUAGUUUUCUGGUAAUGUGCUGCUUUGGUCUGUGCCAUCAGGCACCGUACCAGCUAAAGCUGGGAACUUGUUGGGACAGAUUAGAGUUUUAAAGCCUUUUUAAAGCUUUUGAUGAGACGCAAAAUGUUUAUCUCUCAUCACCUCUUUUCACCAGGGGAAAAACUUUCCCCAGGAUAAUCUCAGGAGAGCAGUUUCUCGGCCAUGGAGCUUACGGUCCCCUGAAUCCAAAACAGUUUCCUCCACAUCGACUGUAAAGUUAACAGCCCCUUACCUCUGUUUUCUCAAUACUUUCCUUUGGUUUAUUGACAGAUAUUUUUAAGACACUUGUUUUUAGCGUAGUCUAAUCUCUGACUACUCGACUCCCCCUAAAUGUUGUGUUUGUUGUGGCCAGUACAUUUAACAGUGUUGUAACAAUGCAACUAAAUGCUUAAUUGCCCAAAACUAUACAGAAUUUUAUGUUUUAAAUUCAAAUUUAUUCUGGGACUAAUAGUCUUAACUGUACAUUCAGUGGCACUGAGUGACACGUUCUUUGAACCGGUUAAUGAAAAGUGAUUGCUAAAAAGAGUUGUGAACUUAAUGAAUUUACUCCAAGCACUUUGUUAAAUGUGUCACACUGUAGACUUGAGUCAAGUCGGAAUAACAUAAAUGACAUUUGCUCCGUGAACA